GAAUCAUUGGUCCGACAGCAAUUACAGGCGUGAAGGGGGGGGGGUAGACGUGCUGGACGAGGCCACGACAUCAGCCAGCAGUCCCAAGCCCACAGAUGCCCCUUCUAUUAUGGAAAGUACAGACAAUGAUGAACAAGUGACUUUGAAGAAAGGUGUGGGAAAGAAGCGGAAAAGAGUCGAAAUUGGAUAUGAACACUCUACAUGCACACUUGUGGAUGUUGAACAACAAAGACUAGUCAUAGAAAAACAGCGUCUUCGUGUUGAGGAAGACAGACUGCAAGUCGAACGAAAACGCCUCGAAAUUGAAGAAGAGCGUCUCAAGUUAGAAAAAGAAAAGCACAAGUUAUAUUUAUGUCAAAUGGGCAUUAUUCCAAGUGUAGAUAUCAGUGUGCAACCGGAGUCGGAGCAGCAUUUAAUUUAG